GUGGAGCCGAGGAGCGCCCGAAACCGCUGUAUAUUCUUCGCACAAGGACCUGCUUGAUGAAUCCACUCCAGUGUGGCAACGGAAUGUGAAAGACAGUAUUUUGUGUCUCACAGAGGAAUCAGCAAAAUCAUUUGGAGGAUAAUGACAUAUUGUGGGCUCGAGCUCAGGUGAAUCUUUGAAACAGCAAGAGAAAGAAGAGACAAAGACAGGGUGGAAGAAAGGAACUUACAGAAACCCAGUGGAGACAUCCAGCAGACAUCUGAUGGUGGAGCUGCUAUCUGAGGGACAUGCUCUCAGUUUGGGGAUGGAACAAGAAGAAUCUGUCUUUGACUAAGGGAAGUGCCAGAGAGUGGAGAGAAACCAUGUAAUUUAUUUUUUACAUGAGAAAUAAUUCAAAUAGUACAUUUAAAGGCACAUUGUGAGACACUGUACAAGAAAAGCAAAUACUACAAUGGCUUUUGAUUUUGAAGAUUGAUACAAAGGGCAGAUUCAUGGUAUUCCACCACAUGUGCUAUUCAGGGUACAUUUCCAGAGUGUGCCUGCCUUUGGAUUCCUUUCUUUAUUUCCACCACUGACCCUGAAAAUGGACUCAAUUGCUUCUAACGUUAAGAAGCUUUAAAAACAAUUCCUGCAUGUCUUUGGUGAUAUCUAGUGGUUUUCUGGGUGAUGAAAAAUCCAUCAGUCUGAGCCACUGUGCAGAAAUGUCAGACAUUAAGAUGCAGGCACCUGCCAGAGGAGGAUUUAUGACAUACUGGUUUUCAGAAACUACAACAGUCUACUGCAGACAGCGAGUUCCUGUCUGUUUUUCUUUCUUCCUUAUCUCUAUUUUCUUACUACUUUUCUCCCUGGUUACACCUGCUCUGUCCAUUCAUAUGGAGUCCAUAGAGAGCCACAGUGAGUUUAGCUGUGAGCCCAUCAGACUGAGAAUGUGCCAGGAUCUGCCUUACAACACCACCUUUAUGCCCAAUCUACUGAAUCACUAUGACCAGCAGACAGCUGCGCUAGCCAUGGAGCCUUUUCAUCCCAUGGUAAACCUAGUGUGCAGUACUGACCUGAGGAUGUUCCUGUGUGCCCUGUACGCCCCAGUGUGCACGGUGUACGGCCAGGUGUCCAUGCCAUGUCGAUCACUCUGCCAGCGGGCCAGAGACGAGUGCCACAAACUCAUGGAGAUAUUUGGAGUAGCUUGGCCAGAAGACAUGGAGUGCAGCAGGUUUCCAGAUUGUGAUCAGCCCUAUCCUCGUCCAGAGGACCUGCUGACAGACUCUGAUCCUACUGACCAGUCAUCCAUGACUGUGCAAAGAGACUUCGGUUUCUGGUGCCCUAGAGAGCUCAAGGUUGACCCAGACCUGGGUUACACUUUCAUGGGCAGGAAGGAUUGUUCUGCCCCAUGCCCCUCCAUGUUCUUCAACCAGCAGGAGCUGACAUUCACUCGAUACUUCAUAGGAGUCGUCUCUAUUGUCUGUUUGUCUGCAACACUCUUCACCUUCCUGACAUUUCUCAUUGAUGUUACCAGGUUUCGAUACCCUGAGCGUCCAAUAAUCUUCUACGCUGUGUGUUAUGUCAUGGUGUCACUGGUGUUUUUCCUUGGUUUCCUAUUGGAAGACAGGGUAGCGUGCAAUGCAGUCAGCCCUUCUCAGUUCAGAGCUUCAACCAUAACACAGGGCUCACACAACAAGGCAUGCACUCUGUUCUUCAUGGUCCUGUAUUUCUUCACCAUGGCGGGCAGCGUGUGGUGGGUCAUACUGACAAUCACUUGGUUCCUGGCCGCUGUGCCUAAAUGGGGCAGCGAGGCUAUUGAGAAGAAAGCCCUCCUCUUCCACGCCAUUGCCUGGGGGCUCCCAGGGGCCCUGACUGUCACCCUGCUGGCUCUGAACAAAAUUGAAGGAGAUGGGAUCAGUGGAGUGUGUUUCAUAGGCCUGUAUGACAUAGACGCCCUGAGGUGGUUUGUUCUGGCACCACUCUGCCUCAAUGUGGCGGUGGGGGUCUCUCUCCUGUUGGUGGGCAUUGUGGCUCUGAAUCGGGUGCGCAUGGAGAUCCCUCUGGAGAAGGAAAACCAGACCAAACUAGUCAAGUUUAUGAUCCGAAUGGGAGUGUUCUCGGUGCUCUACCUUGUCCCCCUGCUAACUGUGAUUGGGUGCUACCUGUACGAACACACCUACCGUAACAUUUGGGAGACAACAUGGAUGGAGGAGAACUGCAGGCGCUAUCACAUCCCCUGUCCAUACAAGGUGGAGCAGACCAGUCGGCCACUCAUGGUUUUGUUCCUAAUUAAAUACUUGAUGAUGCUGGUGGUGGGGAUUCCCUCCGUUUUCUGGGUGGGCAGUAAGAAGACCUGUUUUGAGUGGGCCAGCUUCCUGCACGGACGCAGACGCAAAGACAGUGGCGUGAAUGAGUCUCGCCAGGUGUUGCAGGAGCAGCCAGACUUUGCCCAGUCUCUGCUGCGUGAACCCAACACACCCAUUAUUAGGAAGUCCAGAGGAACAUCCACUCAGGGCACCUCCACCCACGCCUCCUCCACCCACUUGGCCGUCCUAGAUGACCUUGACGAACCAGUCAGAACUCAUCACGGCCACCCCGCCUCCACUAGGAGCAAAGCCAGCAGCGUCCACAGCAAGGCCAGCUACCACGGCAGCCUGCGCCGCACACGAGAUGACAGGAGCGAUACUAUGGUUUACCGAGGUACAGAGGAGCGCAGUUUUCAUGGGAGCAUGCCUCGUCUUGACCACCCGCUCUCCACUCACAGCAGCCUCCAUCAGUUAGACAGCCGCUCAAGGCACAGCAGCCAGCAAGACAUAUCUGAGGCCCCACCUACCCUCAUCACCCACGGAACCUCGGCAAGUGGCAGCCAAGCUGCAGAAAAUGAUGGCACCAGCGCCUGAGAAAGGUCAUAAAUUUUAUAGGAAAUUAUUGUCAGGAUGCUGUCGAUACCUUUCGAAGGAAGACUUGCCCUCAGCAGAUACGCACUCGUCCGUCUAGUGUGUUUGCCUCUAUAGAAGAUGGAGAAUGUACCACAGAGUGCUGUAUUGGUGAUUUUUGGUGUUAGUUCCUUCCUGAUCAGUUGUUAGCUGUGCAGCUAAUGGCUAACACGGUUCAGUUAGUGGACGUAACCGAUGUUUUGUGGAUUCACUUAGGUUUCGCUCUAAACGGGACUGUUAUGCUUACUUAUUUGAAUUCACACGUCAGCUGACUCCUGACAAGAAUAAAUCCACUUCCUCAGACUUUGGUGACUUCAGUGAUACUUGUCAAGAUGUUAUUCAGGGAAAGUGUUUAACUAGACAGGUAAACUACACACACACUUGUAAAAUGUGGAAAGUGAGAAGAAGAAUGGUUACAGUGUGUGCAGGUGUACUCUGGAUGAUUCAUCAGAUCCUGGAUUUGGAGUCUGGACACCAGUUUUGCGAUUUAACCUGUGUCAUAACCUGUGUUAGGGUGGCAUUACCUCCAAAUAAUGAUCUUGCAUCCUGCCACAAGACUUACAUGAAUAUUGUUAAAUAUGUGAACAGUGCUGAGUAUUGCUUUUGUAACAAUCUUAAAUGGUUUGUCCUCUCCCUUGGUAAUGUCUCAUAUGAAACUUGACUUUUUUUUUCAGUCUGAUUUCAGCCUGAUCUAACUAUUCCCAAUCUUUGUUUGUCUUAGACUGCAGCUCUUAAUGAAUGACUGACAAAUAUGGGCCUAAAGUGACAUCGUGGACCUCUCUGUGGUUUAGUGAAAUAUUUUUUUAAUGUGAAAAUCAUCUGUCUACUGCUGAAAGCUUCACUAUGUGACUGUGUGUGUGUGUGAGAGAGAGCGUGAGUAAUAGAUAGAAGCAAGUGGUCAUAUAUGUUUUAAACUUCAGUUCCCCCCUCUGGUAAACAGAGAAGACCUGAUGGAGGGAACUGAAUCCAGAAUGUAAAAGGGUUGUUUUCUGAGUGAGUAAGAGGGUGAUGUAAUACAGACGUGGUUGUGUGAAAUGAGCUGGAAUAAUAUUUGUGCACUUACGUUACAUGCACAGAGAGGUUAUUCCAGCUCAGCCUGAAAUAAUUUUAGCACUGACCAUUCUGCAAAGAGGCAUUAGCCUGGCAAAGAAAGACAAGGCAGCUUUAGAAACAAGCAAGGUAAUAGUUCACUCAGCCAUUGCUUGUUCAGUUAGUAGAAUCACAAUCUGUACAACAUUCAAUAUCCUCUAAUCGACCCUUAGAAUAAGACUACUGUUAAAAUUAGCUGACAACUAGAGUAACGUAAGCAAAAUUCAGGUACACAUCCUUUCAUUCGCGUCUAAUGGCUGCAUAGACUGGAGUGUAAUUUAAAAAUGGAAACAGAUAAUGGUGCUUUUAUUUUGAAAUCUGUCACAUCCACGUGGCUAAAAGGUUGUUUUUUGGGAGGAAGUACUUUUUUUCUUUUCUAAUGACAUUUUCACUCGUGUAAUUGAUAUGUACCUAAACUGCUUACUGUACAUGCUCUGUGAGCUUGUGUGCUUCUGUUGUUCAGACUUAAACUCAGACUUGUCCGAAGCUGUACAAACAAUUAGCAGUGCAGAAAAAGAAGUAGUCAGUCAUUGUGCUUUUUAUGUUGUCAGACUUUACAUUUGAGUAAAUGUUACAGGAAGUGUAUAUUGUCACUGUUUUUAUAUUGUUUGUUUUGUUCCCCAAUCCCUCAAGAUCCAAUUAACCUACCUCGCCUGUACCUUCAGCCUUCUCUGUACCUGCACGCAUGUGCACUCACACACACACAAACACAUUUUUUCAGGUUCUUUUAGAAAAGUAAAAAAUGGUCCUAAGCUCAACACAUAAAACCAGUUCAGCAGAAGUGGUGCUUAUCCUGAAGAAUCUGAGCUACUGUAAAAUUUAACACAAACCAAACAGUUAAAUUGAUUCAUGGGCUCUGCCUUGAUCACAAACACACGUAUACACACACACACACAUCAGUAGGAUCUCUGUAGCUAGCUGUCUCUCCAUCCCCACAGUUGGCUUUGUGUUUUUCCAUUCUACCUCUUCAGUUCAAAUGUACCUAGCUGACUCUCUGGCCUUUCACUGCUGCCUCCCUCCUCCUCUUAUGUUUACGUCUCUGCAACUGUUUUAAGUUUCUUACGACCAACUGCCUACUGUCAACUUGCCUGCCUCCGUAUCUGUUGUACAUAGAUUUUCCAUCCUAUGUGAUGACUAAUCUGCCUCACAUCUGCCUUCUGCCUCUCCUCCUGUAAAUGUGCCCACACUAAUCUUUUUUUGGACCUACAGCGACUGUCUGUACUGUUGCAAGUCGUGACUGCGCACAAACAUUAACCGUUGUGCUUUUACCUCUGAAUUGGACUCUGCAAUGAGAGACGCUGUGGUAAAUACUACACUCAACCUAAUGAAAGAGGAAAUCUCUCCUCCUCUCACAUGAAACAUCUCGUUCUCCAUAUCAGCCCCCCCACAAGCAGACAUGAGGACAAAGAGCCUUCUUGAUUUCUGUGCUUCAGAGUGAACCACAGCAGCUUGAAAAUAUGACACGUUAUCAAUGACGGUUCAACAACAUAAUAAUAUUGUGAAUUCUGAAACUUGGGUUGUAUUCGCCUUUUAAUUUAUUUGCAGUUU